UUCCUUCGUCUGACCGACCAUGAGCGUGCACGGUUUGUUUCCAGUGCUGCAGAGCGCGUGCCUGUGUCGAUCUGUAGUUUUUGUAGCGGAUUGUCACAUCUAGGCGGCGACACAGAGUCCCUUUUCUCUAAAAACAACAACAUUUCACCUUCUCUUUCUUUUAGUCAAAAUGCUUGAGCACGUUUGAGUGACCAUGGAGUGCGUUUGCCGUCAUGUAGUGGAGCGUUAAUACGGCGAAAAUAUUGGGAGAAGGAAACUUGAAGGAAUCCAAGGAGCUACAGUUGAAAACAUGGCUGUUCGCGAAGAAGGAGAGGUUUUGCACAGUAAAAUCAGGCACCACGAUGGGGUUGCCAAUGCAAACAACACAGAGAGCUUCAGGAACGGCUAUGUGAAGAGCUGCGUCACCCCUUUAAAACAAGACCAUCAAAGGGGAUUUUUGUUUAACGUCUGUAGGUUUUGCAAUGAGGACAUUCUGAAUUCAAAAAUAUUUCGAAUUUCUGGUCUAUACCUGGGUGCAUUCGCAAUUUUUGCAGUUUCGUUGCUUAUUUCCAGGAGCUUGCAAAGUGACUUCAGCUUUUGGGAUUUGCGGACUUUUCUGUCGGGCUUCUCUCAGUCCAUCAGCCCUCUCUUUAGCAUAGGCUGUGCAUUCUUCUUUUUGACUUUUUAUCUAAGGAGGAAAAAGAGGGAAAGUAAUAAAUGUUGGCUUGUGUCACUGCCAGCAUCAUGUUACUUAGGGGAUUUUUUGGUUUUGCUGUUUUUGCAGUGGGGAGAGGACCAACACCAGAUGCAAAUGGUGGGCAGGUUGUUAUUCGUGUUGGGUUGUGUGGGUCUCCUAACACUGAUCCCCACGUUGAAACUCAAACACAGUGUUCUGAUCCUGGUGUUUGCCAGUGUUGUGUGGUUGGUGUCUUUCACCAGUCUGAGCUGUCUGCCUGCACUCCUGAGACCCGUGUUUGCGUGUUUGGCGGGUGUCUCAGGCUCGCUCUUGUCGCUCUGUUUUGACCAUUAUUACCCGUCGAGGGAAGCGCCAAACAGGAUCUCCAGCACCGAGGAGAAAGUCCCUGUGAUCAGACCCAGGAGAAGGUCAAGUUGUGUUUCUUUGGGGGAAACGUCGACCAGCUAUUAUGGCAGCUGUAAAAUGCCUCGCAGACCUUCAUUGCCGUGCAUAUCCAGAGAACAGAUGAUCCUAUGGGACUGGGACCUGAAGCAGUGGUACAAGCCCCAGUAUCAGGGAGCAGUAAGCGGUAACGGG